AUGAACCAUCAUCGGCGAGAUUCAAUCGAAGAACUUGAUGUUCCACCCGAUUUGCGUUUAGCUCUUCAUCAAAACUUCAGCAAUGAGAGUUCUUUAUCUACGAAAAGUUCUCGUAGGAAUUCUUCUAAUCCAUAUUUUUAUCAAAUUGGUGAAGAUGCUUCUUCGUCAAUGGAAUCUCUAAAUUUACUGUUAGAAAAGCAGAGAGUGCGGCAAUUGAAUCAUCCUCAUCAUCAAGAACAUAUUAAUUCACCUCACAGUUUGGGAUUGCCUGGUAAAGUUAAAGAAACGAAUGAAAUUUCAUUAAAAUAUGACCCUGUCUCUAAACGCAAAGUGCUCAAUACCUAUGAAUUGAUUCAAGAACUAGGACAUGGACAACAUGGUAAAGUUAAGCUAGCAAGAGAGUUAUUAACAGGUCAAUUGGUAGCGAUUAAGAUUGUUGAUAGACAUGAGAAAAAGGGUAGAAGAUUUUUAGUGCUUGAUAAAAAGAACAGCUUAACGCAAAAUGAAAAAAUACGUAGAGAAAUCGCCAUUAUGAAAAAAUGUCAUUAUAAACACGUUGUUAAAUUAGUGGAAGUCUUAGACGACUUAAAAUCAAGGAAAAUCUAUUUGGUGCUAGAAUAUUGUUCUAGAGGUGAAGUUAAAUGGUGUCCAGGUGACGUUUUAGAAACAGAAGCUAGAGGACCACCGCUCCUGAAUUUCCAAAGGACGAGAGAGAUUAUAAGAGGCGUCGUUCUGGGAUUAGAAUAUUUGCAUUACCAAGGUGUCAUCCAUAGAGAUAUCAAACCUGCGAAUUUAUUGAUGGCAGAAGAUGGUACUGUUAAGAUAUCUGAUUUCGGUGUUUCCUUGGCAGCAAGAGACCCGAAUGGAGAUGCCAAUUUGGAAUCAUUAGAUGAAUUAGAAUUAGCCAAGACAGCAGGUACACCGGCAUUUUUCGCACCUGAAAUUUGUCUUGGUGAAGAAGCAUUUGAAAAAUUUAGCAUUGAUAGAAGUGAUUUGUUCAAGGGCUCUAGUGUCUCAUUUAUGAUUGACAUUUGGGCAUUAGGUGUGACUUUGUACUGUUUACUUUUUGGAAUGUUGCCAUUUAUUUCCGAUUAUGAAUUAGAACUUUUUGAAAAAAUUGUGAACCAGCCAUUGACAUGCCCUAGUUUCCAAAAUUUGAAUAAUAAUGGAGUUUCGCACAUUUCAUCUAAGGAAGAAUAUGAUCUGGCAGUUGAUCUGUUAACUCGAUUGUUGAAAAAAAGUCCAUUGGAUCGUAUCGGAAUUCAAGAAAUUAAAAAUCAUGAAUUUUUACUUUGGGAUUUCCACCACAUGCCCGAUUAUGGUGAAGAAUUUAAAGCCUUCAAAGAAGCAGAACGAGCGGAAUUUCAGCCCAAUAAUGUACAGCAUUUUAAGCAAAUUUCUGUUUCUAAGAAAGAACUCAAUGACGCAGUCUUGGGUGUUGGUAAAAAGAUUAAAGAAGCAGCUCUAAAUUAUUACUCUGGUAAAAAGAGAGAGGGAUCUGAACAACCGGAUGUAGAAGAAUUAACUUUGUGUGUUCCAGAUAGUUUGAAAGUGGGAGAUUGUGGACAUGGCCCCUUUAGUACGAGUUUUAUCGUUAGUGAAGGUUCAGUAAUGACUAAUUGUAAUAAUACGAGUAAUGGAUCCUCAACUAAGAAUGAUGAGGAUAAUAAAGCUGCAACAAAUGUAAAUCCCUCUGUUUUCAAAGAGGGAUAUAGCAUGUGUAAUGAUAAUGACCGUAAUGACCGUAAUAUCGAUAAUGAUAAAUUCCAGGAACCUUCUCAAAAAGAGAUGCUCGAAAGAGAAUUACAAGAUUUCGACCGUAAGCAUAAUCCUGAUACCGUGGUAAAUUUGCCCAUAAACUCUUCAUUUGCAUCUUUAGACAGUUUUUACAUCGAUAAUUAUGCGAUGAGUAAGGUUGGUGCUAAUGCAAAUGUGAAGCCGGCUUCUCCAACAGUUUUUGCAAGACCUCCUGCCCUUGGAGGUUACCACCCUCCUUAUCGAAGCAACAGCAGGACCAAUAGUAACACAAAUGCGAAUCCGUUAUUACAAAAUUCUCCAACACCUAUGACUUUUCUCAAUGGUAUGCAAUCUAAGGGGAGCGAUCGAUAUCCAACUAAUGUUAACAAAACUGGAUCUGGAUCUGGACAGCCUAGUGAGAGAACACCAGUGAGUAAUUUUGGCCAAAGAUUGAGAAAUCCACAAUCUAGUGAAAUCGUGAAUGUUGGUAGUGGUAGUGGUAGAAGGAAAUCUAGUCUCACUGGUGAUAGAGACGCAGCUGCUAAUUUUUCUGUGCAAAAGGAUGCUAAAACAUUUAUUAAUCCUACUCCAACUGAGUUCACCAAACCUGGAGAAGAACAAAGGAAUUUUCAUGUACGUCGUGGUAACUUUUUCAGUGGUCUUAAUAGUGGAGAUGGAAAUUCGAGUCAAUCUUCCGGUAUUUCAAGUGAAUGUAGCUCGGAUUGCUCCUCUGAUGCAGAAGAGGAAGGGUCACAAUCCAGUAAUACUGAAUCCCUACCAUUUGAAUUUGCUCUUGAUUCUGGAAAUGCUAGUGUACUUUCCCUAAGAGAUACUAGUGCAGGAGUUGAGCCAGUCAGAUCAUUUUUGGACCCAGCUCCACGUAGGAAAAAAAUGAACUCAGAUUCGAAGAAAGAUGAUACUGAAUUGUUCUUGGAUAUGGAAAGAGGUGGUCACAAUUGUCGUCGUUUGUCUACGCAUAAUUCAGAGAGUAGUGGAGCUAGUUCCAGAAGAAGUAGUUUGAGAAAUCCAGUUUUCCCAUCUCGAGGUAAUACACAAGAUCGUACAGCUUCCGCGACACCAAUUGGAUUAAAUGAGGUCCAAGGAAGUGAAAUUACCAUCUCUGCAGCUGAUAAGGACAGUGAUGAGGCAACACUUGUGGGUCGUAAUAAAACUUCUAGCGGGGUGUCCUCCGGUCAGUCUAUCACGCCGCCUUCAGGAAUCAUCCAGUACUCUAACCCAUAUAAUGGGAAAGAGUUUCUAAGAAUCCCGCAAGUUCUCAGUAAACCUACGACACAAACUUCCAACAUAGAUACUUUGUUAGUGUCAGGGAAGCGUCCAGAUCAUCUUCAGGACAAUUCUAAGAGUCUUUUGAAAAAUGUUUUAAUAACUUCAGCUGGUUCAAGUCGUAGACCAUCAAUACCUUUUAUUUCUAGGAAUGAUUCUAACGAGUCGCGAGGGGCUAGUGCUGAUGCUUCAUUACCUUCGAGUUCAUGUAGUCAUGGGAAGGAAGAUAUUUCUACGAGAUUAAGCAAAUUUGGUUUUGGGGAAAGGAUCGCCAGGAAGGCCGAAAGAUCUUCCGCUUCAUCUGAUCGCCAAACUAGAUCAAGAUCUAUUGCAGUGGGAGAACUCAGAAAUAGAAAGAGUAAAAUGAGGAUGUGA